CCGGCACCGGGGCCGGUCGGGGCGUUCAGGGAUGGAUGCUGCGCCCGGGAGCGCCCCGCCGUCCUCCGCCGCGGCGUUGCGGCUGGCGCUGGCGGCUCCGGGGCUGCCCGAGGGUCCCCUCGGCUGCCCCAUCUGCCUGGACGUGCUGCGGGACCCGGUGACGGUGCCGUGCGGACACAACUUCUGCCAGGGCUGCUUGCAGGCGCUCCGCCAGCGGCCAGGCCCCCCCGACGGCGGCGGGGCGGGCGGGGCCGCCCGCUGCCCGCUGUGCCAGGAGCCCGUCCCCGCGGCCCUGCGGCUCUGCAAGAACCGCGCCCUGUGCGAGCUCCUGCCGCUGCUGGUGGCCGCCACCGGCGCCUCGUCCCCGUCGUCCCCGGCCGCCGCGUCCCCGAUGGCCCCGGGAGCCGAGGAGGAGGACGCGGCGGGGGAGGAAGGAGCGGUGGUGCUGUGCGAUGUGUGCCCGGCCGGGUCCCGCCUGGCGGCCGAGCGCUCCUGCCUGGUGUGCCUGGCGUCCUUCUGCGGGGCGCACCUGGAGCCGCACCGCCGCGCCCCGGCUUUCCGCGCACACCGCCUGGUGGCCCCGCUGCGCCGGCUGGAGGAGGGGCUGUGUCCCCGCCACCUGCAGCCCCUCGACGGCUUCUGCCGCACCGAGCAGAGCUGUGUCUGCUCCCGCUGCCGCGCCCACGAGCAUCGCGCCCACGACGUGGUGCCCCUCGAACAGGAGCGAGAGCACAAGCAGGCCCAACAAGCCAAAUUCCUCAGUGAUGUGGAGAAUGAGCUGGAGGAGCUGGCAGUCACCAUUGCCCAGGCCAAGAAGAUGGUGGAGCUCAUUAAGGGUGCUGCCACAAAGGAGAGGGAAAGGGUCGAGAAGCUCUUUGCAGAGGCCUCUGAGGUGCUGGCGACCUUCCAGAAGGAAGUGACAGGAUUCAUCGAGGACGGGGAGCGCUCCAUGCUGGGGGAGGCCGAGGCCGAUCUCCGCUGGAAGGAGGGGAGACGAGCCAAGCUGGCACAGUGCAAGCAAAACCUGGAGAACGUCCCCAGCACCGACACCAUCUACUUCCUCCAGGAAUUUCAGGCCUUGAAAGUAGCCAUGGAAGAAAACCUCUCUCCACCUUUGAGCUUCCAGAAAGAGCUGAACUUCACCAAGUGCACCCAAGCUGUGGGUGCCAUGAAGGAUGUGCUGUCCACUGCCUGCAAAAACCAGUGGAACUACUUGCAGGGGAAAGGAAUUGAUGGAUUGAAUUGCCAGGAGAUGGAGGAAGCAUUGGCCGAAUCCCGAUUUCCAGACAAGUCAAACAACCCUGCCUGCCUGGAGCACCGAGAUUAUUUCCUGAAAUUUGCCUUCAUCAUCGACCUGGACAGCGACACAGCUGACAAGUUCAUCCAGCUCUUCGGCACCAAGGGGGCCAAACGGGUGCUGUGCCCCAUCCCCUACCCAGAGAGCCCCACCCGCUUCAUCAACUGCGAGCAGGUGCUGGGUUUGAACCUCAUGAACAGGGGCAACUACUACUGGGAGGUGGAGCUGAUCGACGGCUGGGUCAGCAUCGGGGUCAUCGCCGAGGAUUUCGACCCGCGGGAGGCCUACAACCACGGCCGCCUGGGCAGGAACGACAGGUCCUGCUGCCUGCAGUGGAACGGCCAGAACUACGUGGCCUGGUUUGGUGGCUUCGAGUGCGCCAUCCAGCAGCCCUUUUUCCACACCAUCGGCGUCUUCCUGGAGUAUUCAGAAAAGGCUUUAACCUUCUACGGAGUCAAGGACUCCAAAAUGACCUGCCUGCAGCAGCUCAAGGUCUCCCCUCCUGCCAAGGGGAAGCUUGACCCGUUCCAGAACAAGAUCAACCGCCAGUUUGCCUCUCUCUUCUCGUGCAGGCUGAAGCCAGCCUUUUUCCUGGAGAGUGUGGAUGCCCACCUGCAGAUCGGGCCGCUGAAGAAGGACUGUGUGUCGGUGCUGAAGCGCCGGUGACUGCCCACGGAGAGGGGCACGGACACACGCACAAAUUCUCUCCUGCAGGUUACUGCCACCUCUCCUUGGUAGCCCUGUCUGUCUCUGUGGCAGCCCUCCCUCCUCUCUGCACUGUUGGGGACCCAGGGCUGGAUGAAGCCUCCUGAUGGGCAGGGCUGGGGGCCAGGAUGGGGCUGGAUCCGAGUGCCAGCUGUGCCACUGAGUGAGCUUGGGCGAGUCCCUGUGCUUCUCCCUGCCCUCAGCUUCCCUUUCUGGACAUCAGGGACUGCGACAGCCUUUCUUGGUAAAGUGUGUGCUCAGAAGUGCCACACGGAUUUGGAGCUGUGCCUUGGCCACCUGCCCAGUCCCUCUCCUUCACCUCUGCUUGCUCUGCCCCGGCAACUUGUGCAGAUGCUUUGUGCCUUAUCUCAGGCUCUGUUGCUGAUGCUUUUUUAAGUGCUGCCUCAUCGACACCUUCUGCAUGCUCCCCACGAAGUGCCUUUGCUGGAGCAAGCCCUGUGUGCACCAGGUGAACCCUCAAGGCAGACGUGGUCACUUCCCUGGUGCCCCAUCACUGCUGUGCCCUGGCAUGGGAGAGAUGGUGCUCUGGGAGAGGGAUGUGGAGGAGCCUGGGGCGAUGCUGAUGUGAUGCAGCUCCUCUCCUUGCACACCCAUUAGUGCUGCAAAUGUGAAACAAGGAUCUCUUGUUUCACAGCUGGGAAAGGGAGAAACCUCCUGCCGAGAAGCAGCACCACUGAGCUGAAAAUCUGCCCCUUAGCUUAGAGAUUUUUAAGUGACAGAGGUGCUGUGAAUAUGUCCCAGAGAUAAAUGGUCUGGUUUAGUGUUCUAGGGACAGCUGUGAGUGUCUCAAUAAAGGUGCAGCACCAGUCAGCUACUAAACAACCCUUUAGGCUCUGGGAAUAACAAGUAACAAUUAACAAAAACUACUCUCAAGCGAGAGAGAACACUGUUCCCUUCAGGAAAAGUGGAAACUCGAGGCUGAGAGACAAAACUGCUGGUUCACAUGUCCUAAGGGAGCUUUUUCAGAAGGAAAACAUAGAAAUACUGCCUGUGAGGGUGGCACAGAGCAGCUCCUGUCUCAGCACAGCGUGCCUUUCCACAAGUUUAUUUUUUCUGGGGUUAUUUUGCUACCUACCUCCCAAAGCUUGCUUUACAGAACUGUGGUGCUGUGUAAUAUACACCUGGAGAGAAAAUACAGAGGGUCAGGUUCUUCACUGGCAUGAGUGAGUCAGGGAUGAUGCAACAACCAUCAGCAGGGAUAAUAAACAGCCCAUUUAGCUAAAUAUAUGAUUUAUUUUUUUCCCCCCAAAGGAUAAACUGGAAAUCAUAGUGCUGUAUUCAAGUGGAGCCAAGGGAAAAAUGUGAACGUGAAUAAAAGGCAGGCACAAAACUGGGAGGUUUGAAGUUAAAGCCAUGGUUACAUCUAAAACCACAUUUACAUGCUGAGGCUCAAAGAGCUCCUUUACUGUGACUCCUUUGCCAGCUCUGCCAAUUUCUGCUGGUGCAGAAAGAGCUGCCAGUUGUCCUGAAAAUUAGGAUAUUUGAGUGGAUGAAGGGUCUGAGCGCAGCCACCCCUUCCCCAGGGCUAGGCUGGUGAGUCAGUUUGGGAAGGGGCUGCUGGCAUCUCUCUGCAAACUCCUUCUCCUUCUCCUCCUCCUCCUCCUCCUCCUCCCCUGCAUGAGGUGACUCCUAAACUGCUGCAAGCAGUGGGAAAAGGAACAGUAGGGCUUCCAGACUGAAAUCUUCAGCUGAAAUCUUGGCCUUUCCCGGCUGGUGGGAAUGCUGCCCAGACUUCUGUCCGGAUGGGAAUUCAUUCCCUGCAUCCUGAGCUCCAAACCCUCUUUGUUUAGCUGGCGCCAGCGGCCCCUACAGAGCUCAGCCCUAGCACGAGAUGUCAGCAGUGACACAGAGCAGGCGUCGCUGCUGUUGUGUGCACACAGGGAGAACGUGGUGUCACCAAUUCCUGAUGGGAUGAGAAAGGUAGAGCCGUGCCACAGCCUCUGCAUGGUCACAUCCUGGGAGGACGAGGGAGGGAAGGAACCUUAAUCUCUGCAGGAAGAGAUUUCCCAUGCAGGCCCACAUCUGCGCCCUAAAUCUCAUUUAUUCAGGCUAAACUCCCACAGUUUGCAGCGAGGAGUUUUGCCAGAGUAAACACAGCAGAUCUGUUUGCCCUGUUUCAUUUCACCAUAGGCGGAUUGAUUGCUCCAAGGGGAAACCCACACUGGAGCCAUGCAUCCCGCCCUUCUCCACUUUCCCAGUGCACAGACACAAACCUCUGACCUCUUUUGGAGCUUGGGAGGCUCAGAGGGAUCCUCUCUUUCCACCCUGUCACCUGUGGGAGCAGCUCAAGAGGCUGCUGGGGUGUCUGGGCAUGGUGUGUGGUUGUGCUGCUGCUGUGGGUGGAUUCAUGGAUGCAGCUCCACAUCUGGGGGGUCCCUUUGGAUGUGCCACAGUUGGGAAGUGCUGCCCAACCCUCUCUUUCCUGCUGCUUGCUUUUAUCCUGGUAGGGAGUGCUAAAACCCCUCCUGGUUUAGGGAUGAUUUACAAUAGGAGCAAUCCCCCCAGGAGCUGGGUCAGAGUUUUCUCUGUGCUGCCAGUAAUUUGGGCUGUAAACUGGAACAAUCAGGGAGUGUGCACUGCGCCAGCUCUGGAUCCCCGAUUCUGCUGUAAACAAAGGGUUAAAUGCAGGGUGAGAUGAGUGGAGAUGGAUCGAUAGCACUUGGCAAUUUAAACAGCCUUUCCUUGUUCCCUUGGGUUAUUUCUGCUGUUCACAGAGUGUUCCUCUUUUUAAUUAGGAUUUUUUAAAUACAGUUUUACAGUGUGUGAAAAAACUGUAACAGAAUAAUAUAAUGGUGUUAGAGACUAUGAUUUGACCAUUAAAUAUGAUACAGUCAUUGCCCUGGGUUGUCUUUCCUUUAAAUACCAAUUUAAAUACCAUUUGAGUUGUCCCAUAUCUUAUGUUUAUUUUUCUGUGUCCUGUACAUCUGGCAUAAAAUAACACAGAUUUUAUUUUCCAAGUGUGUCCAUGGGAAUUCUGCCACACAUUUUUGUUGCAAAAGGAGAAGAAGAACCUUCAAAUCCAGUAGUAAUUGUCAGUUCGGGGCAAUUAAAAACAAUGAAUUGUCUCAGUUCUCUCUUCUAUGCCUGUCCUCAUCCUACAAAUAAAAAAGAUUAUCAG